CUCGCGGAAAUUUAUAGUGUUUGUUUGUAUCGUUUGUGUUCCUUGCCCUCCCGAUUGUUUAUAUUUUCCAUUUUACACGCAUUUUCUCACCUUUUUGUACUGUGAAAAUCUGUUGAAUCAACUUUUGGAACAUCACCAAAGUAAAAGAUGGUUCUCCUGGAAUCUUGUUGGUCUCCGUGUAUCUGGACAAAUUCGGUAAAAUCCGGAAGCUAUGCAGUUGCCGUCUACACAGCUGCCAUAAGUGUUGUCCUGAUCACAAUGAUUGUGUACAUGCUCCUAGGAGGAGAUUCUACACAGCUCUAUUCACCUCUCUUUGAAACGGACAUCCGCAGUUCCAUGCAAAUUGUAGGAGGAUUCUUCAUUUUCUACUUUAUCCUUCUCAUCAUCUCAUCCUAUUUGGUGUACUAUGGCAUCAAAAUCACGACAAGAGGCUGGAUGCUUCCCUGGCUCUUCCUCUGCGGACUUGCCAUCCUCUUCCAAUUUGUCUUCAGCCUAUGGCUCAUUGGUGGCUACUAUAUCUACCUCGAAGCUACCUACGCCAGUCUUGUGAAUGCAGUUUGGAUGGCAUACAAUAUCUACUGCUGGAUGUGCGUCUAUUCUCAGUAUCAGAUUUUCGUGGAACUUCAAUCACCCAACAUUGAAUUGCUGAUGCCGUAGAGCAGAGAAUCUUCCAAACAUCUCAUUAACAUCCCACAGAAAGUAAGCAUACCAAGAUGAACUUGACUUACUCCAAAUAAUCAAAAGAGUUUUAUAGUGUUGAGAAUAAGUUCGCCAAUGCAGAUUAUUUUUCACUGCAUAUUUGCCUUAAUUUCCAUAUCUAUUUUUUUAGCAAUAAUUUUUGCGAUUUUUUUCGUAUUUUAUUUAAGAAGAAAAUGUAUCUCAAAUGAGAUUUAUCAUUAGAUAUUUAAGGUAUUAGCACGAAUCUCUAAAUGCCGUCCAAAAUUUUGUAACUCUGUUUUUUUUUGACCAAUAACAACCAAUGAGAAACACUUGUUAAUUCCAUUUUAUUUUGCAACCUUACAAUGGUAGCAUUAGUAGUACAAAAAGAGAAGAAAAAAAAGUAAGUUUAAUCGUAGAAAAUAUAUAUUGUAAUUUCACGAUUUUUUGUACGAUUGUAGUGUGAAAGAAUUUGCAAUGAUUCCUCUUCGACUAACACUUGAACACUUCCAAAAAUAUAUACUGAGGAAAUCACCUCAAUUGACUUCUUUAUUUUUUUUUGUGAAUGUAGAAGAGGAUUCAUGGUAAAUUGCCUUAAAAAAAAUACAAUUAUUCACGUAUUGCAAUUUCAUUUGUAUGAAAAACAAUAUUAAAAGGUAAUAAAGAGGAUACCUUUUUUUUUGAGGAAAAGAGUAACUGAA